AUGGAGAAGAAGAAAUAUGGUACUUUAAUAAACAGAAUAAGUCAUGAUAUAUCCAAUACAAAAUUAACUAGUAAUUUUAUGCAUUUAGCAUUUCCAAGUUUAAUGAAAAAUCACGUUACAGGAAAAAUAAACUUAUUGCAUAUUAUUACAAAAAUUUGUUUAUACUCCCUUAUAAUAAGUAUUCUAGGAUGUUCUAAUAAUUGCACAUACUACUGCAACCAAGGGGGUGAUAAGAACAAUUAUAAUGACACAAAUAUAAUAGAUGAUAUAAGAGUUAUCAGAUUGUUAGCACAUACCGAUGUGCUAAGGAGUGGUAAAUAUAAUGCACCCUACUUUAUGAAACCUGGUGAUAAUAAGGGAUAUAACAAUAAUUAUAGAGGUACUUCAUUUGGGAAUCAAUAUAAUAAUAAUGCACCUUGUGUGCCUACAUAUAAACCUGUAAAAAAAAUUCCGUCAUAUGUAUCUGCAUCAUAUGGAAUUACUAAUGAUGAAUAUAUUCAGAACGAUGAUGUAAGUAAAAGACUAGCACAUGUUGAAUCAUUAUAUAGAAACCCAAUGGAGUUAAAUUAUGAUUCAGCAAAAACAAAGGGAUUAGUAAAACGUCCAAAUAAAAGUAAUAAUGUUCCAAAUAAAUGUAAUAAUGAUAAUAAGGAACAUACAUUUAGUAAAAAUAAGUUGCAAGUGGUGCCAGUGCGAAGUAGUAAUAAUAUUGCUAUUACAUCAUUAAACAGUAAAGAUGAAAUGGUUGAAGAUGAAAAUAAUGGAAAUAUGGGAAAUUUUGCUAAUAUAAUUAUGAGUAAUAUAAAUGAGGUUGAAUUAGAAAGGAAUCCAGCAUUAGAGUUAAUAAAAGAAAAUAUUUUAGAUCAUGUUUUAUCUGCGAAUGAAGGGAUGAAAAAGAACUUUGAUAUAUUGAAAGAAAAUAUAUCAAAUACAAUAAAAACUAUGGAUCAGGAAGGGAAACCCCCAAUAGAUUUUAUUAAGGAAACCAUAUUAGAAAAAUUAGGAGGUAUAGAACCAGGUAAUGUGAAAGCAAAUUUUGAAGAAAUAAAAGGAGCUAUUAUGGAUAAAAUAUCAACAAAUAUCGAAUGUGGAGUGAAACCAACAAUUGAUAGUUUGAAAUUAACUGUAAUUGACACAUUUGAAGAUUUUAACGCUGGGAUGAAACCAAAAAUUAAUGAUUUAAAAGAUUCUAUUAAAGGACAAAUUGAAAAAAUUGAGAGUGAUAUGAUACCAAAAAUUGGAAAUACGAUAAAAGAUUGUAUAACAGAUAAAUUAGAAGGAAUUUCCAGUGAUAUUGAAAAAAAGUCUGAAGUGAUAUUAGAUUCAGUAAUGACUAAUGUUAAAAAUAUUUACAAUAAAACUCCUAAUCCAAAAGAUUUAAUAGGAAAUGUUACCAAAUUACCAACAAAUAUCCAAGGAAAAAUACUUGAAAACAAGGUAGUAAAAAACAAAAUUGGGAAAGGAUUAUUUGGCAAUCUUAAAAAUUGCUUUCAUUCAUUAGGUGAUACAACGAAAGCAAUUUUAAGUAUUAUUUUAUCCGUAUUUUUUGCAAUAGGAGGAAUUUUGGGAUUCUCUCUUGGUAGCGGAUACACAGGAGGUAAUGCUGGUGGUGGUAUAGGAUUUGCAAUAGCUUUGGGCCUUGCAUAUUAUGCUAUAAUAAAAUUGUUAAAAAUAUCAGUUUUUUCUAAGUUUAAAAUCAGAGAUAAAAUUCCAUUUUUAAAAAAGUCAAAAGACGAAGAGAAGAAGGACACUCCUCCACCUGAGCCCGCCAAACCGGAUACUACAAAAUUAGAUACCAGAAUAUCUUCUACUACUAAAACUGCUAUUAAGCAACGUGAUAGUGCAAAACAUGUUACAACUAAACCUAUUACUACUAAACCUAUUACUACUAAACCUGUUACAACUAAACCUGUUACAACUAAACCUGUUACAACUAAACCUGUUACUACUAAACCUGUUACUACUAUACCUGUUACUACUAAACCUGUUACUACUAAAUCUGUUACAACUAAACCUGUUACUACUAAAUCUGUUACAACUAAACCUGUUACAACUAAACCUGUUACUACUAAACCUGUUACUACCAAACGUGGCCCCAAUAAACCUGCAACUCCUAAACGCGCUACAACUAGUUAG